CUCUUGUUUGUCAAUCAAAUAAACAACAAAACUGUUUACGCGCUGUUGUAACCGUUGUUACUGUUCCGCAUUUUCUAACGGAAUCUGUUGAUGGAGAAGAAAAAGUUUCUGUUCACGAAAGAAAAAUUUCAUUCCUUUAUCGUAGUAAGUUAUUAAAAUGGCAAACUUGAGCAGAGAUGGUCGUAUUUCGGAUCAAAUAAUGAAUUACUACCUACGAUAUGGGCAAAAUCGGGACCUGGAGAAGUUUCUUCGUCUGCGUGCUAGUACUACGCGUUCCUCUAGCGACGGGAGUCUUCCGGCCUUGGAUGAGCUGGAUCGGAGAGGGGAGAUUGUGGAAAAACUGGGUAAAUCGUUGGAAAAUUUGUCUACACUGGCAAAGCUGGAACAACGACAAACGCGAUCUCAAGAACAGUUGGACGGAUCUGGAGGUAGUGCAAAGUCGAACAAGAAAGACGCGUCGGAUGCGGAGAAGCCCAAUGCAAAACAGUCGCCUCCCAAGCAGCCACCGUCAACUGGGGUUGUAGUGAAGGAAACUAAGAAUGAAAAAAAGUCGGGACGAAAUUUUAGCUUCAAUUUAGAAUCAGUUAUAGAGAUAAAGUUGCCUCCUUCGACUGUCGUCCAGCAACCUGUUAUUUCUCCAACGCAGACUAGCUUUGCACCAGUACCUGUACCGAUAAUCCACGAAAUUAGUUCAGCUGGAACACAAACCAUGCCCGAAGCUCGUUCAACAAAACAGCAAACGGAAGAGCCGAUCCGUCCUAUUCUCAAACACAACACCUUAGCAACGAUUUCAAAUCCAGAGGAAACUAUCGACACAACUCGAGACAUUUCUCCUGUGAGCAGUAUUGCAUCAAACAAGCAGAAAUUGGAAUGGGAUUCGCUGGGAGACAUCGGAUAUGAUUCUAAUGAAAAAAUUUACUUUUGUGGGGCUGCAGAUUUAAAUGAAACAGAAAAACGAUGUUUGCAAAAGUAUUUUGCUAAAAAAGGUCUAAACUUUGACGAAAAGGUUGUUGUUGUAAAAAAUGUUCAAAAGUCUGAAUCGAAGAACCAGGAAGUGACCAAAGAUAAACUAAAGACUGAUGCUAAGUUGAAAUGGCAGGCUGUGUAUCAAAAAUACAAGGAAAAGUAUUCAAACCCAUCGGAGAUCUCCAUGAGUUUGAUGAAUCCGGAGGCGCAAAGCACUCCAAAGAUUACCCCACAACAGAACGUUCCGCCAAAAUCCGGUAAAUCAACUCAAACCAGUUUGGUGAAAAUUCUCACCAAAGCAGUUCAAGCAGAACAAAUUGUCACAUCCGAUAAACAGAUUGGGACGGAAUCGGUCCAGCUUGCCGGCUCUCCUGCUCCUAUUGCAAGUGGUACAACGUCCGUGUUGGAGGGCAAUUCAAAUUGCGAACAUAUCGAGGUAGCGGAAAGUUUCGAAUUCUAUUCGUCACCCCCGUCUCAAGUGAAUCAAUCUUCUGCCGGAUCUACAAUGAAAAGUACACCGGAAGUAACUGCUUCCACCCCGUCAGUGUCGUCCUCCUCGUCUACUUCUGCCUCCCGCAAACAGCUACCCGCGGAAGGAAGCAAACCGCCCACAUACAACUUUGACGACGAACUGCGGCUCGGUAUGACACUAUAUAAUACGAUUUGUGAGUCCCGCAGUUUGCCCGCUCGCGUGAAACAAAGUUUGAUCGAUAAGAUCUUUAGCAAAAUGAUGAAGAAUGAUCCAAAGGGAAGGAGUAAAGAGGAACUACUGAUGGAUUGUGGGAAAUUUAAACGGUCUGACGGUGUGUCAAGGGGCAAGGAGGUAUUAAGUGGGGUGGAGACGAUCGGAACAAGUGGAAGCUAUUCGACGGUAGCAAGUAGCAACCGUAGUGAUGCUGCAAAAUCUAGUAUUGAAGGUACUGUCACUGAUGUACCUGUAGCUAACAUUAGUUUGCACAAAGAGGCGGGCAUUAUCCACGACAUAGAAGAGCCGAGUAACCGAAGCAAUGAAAUUCGAAAUGCUGCUUCAAAGAUCGUACGUGACUAUUCCGAAUCAUCUUCACAGCAAACGAUAUCUUCCCGCCAGGAUUCCAGCCAAACUGCCAAACAGAUGGCUCCAUCGAUCCCUACCUCAACUGUCAAAACAUCAUCUGCGGAAUUUCUCGAGACCGAUAAACGUAUUCGGAAAGCAAUGAACGACUACCUAAAACCGAUGACUCUUUCCGAGGUGGAGUACGAAAACCAGCAAGGCUUAAAGCGGAGCUUGGAGGCUGCGAAAACACGUGGCAAAAUUGUUGACCGAGAUACUGCUAGCGUUCCUGUUGGUAUCACUUCUGCAACACACAGUGAAAGACUUCUUGAUUUUUUCCGCAAAGAAAAACAGUCACAGUUAUUAAAGAUAGACAAGAAAAUAGAGCAUUUAAAAUCGAUGAAAUUGCUACUUUUAGAAGAUCAAAAAGUGGUAAACGACAUCGCAACGGAUACUAGAAUAGCGGGCCCCGUGGAAACAAAACCAAAAACGAAACCAGACGCUUCCUCUGAAGAGAAGGAAAAUAUCUAUGCAAAUACGGGUCAACAAGCUAAAAGUGUCGGCAGCGCUCCUCUUUACAACUCGGUCCAAGCGGAUACUCCUAGUGAGCGAUCUAAGGAUCAAGCUGAUUACUAUGCAGUAACACGCUCAGAAUCGGCAUGGAACUCACACUAUCACAUGAAGCAAAUGAUCCAAAAUCGUUCAAAGCUUGAAACUCCGUCAUCCGAUGAAAGUAUUACUACAUUCAUUAAAACCAGAAAGGAAAAAUUCAUCGAAAAUUACGAACGUCACCGUAGACAAAUGUUCGAGGACCAGCAUCAUAUCUACACGAAACCAUACAGCGGAAGACAGAGUAAGCAAGACAAACACUACUCUCGGCUGGAUGAAAAAUAUAGUGUCCGAAAAAUAUCCAAACCAAUUGGAAAGCCCAACUUCCCCAGCAGUGAUGUAUUUAUUUCAUCAGACUCGAUGUCAAUUCCAGCGGCCAAUACUCUCACUAACACCACUACGCAUCAAUACGAUAUAAAAUCGUCCAGAUCCAGUUCCAGCAAUUUGGACUCUGUCAAACCUGUUGCCACACAGACCACCGGUUCGAUUCUCCGGACGAAACCGAUAUUUGAAACAAAAUCGAAACAUUCCACUGCAUCGGUACAAGUUCCCUCGGCUGUCGGUUGUCAGUGCGCUUGUAACUGUCCCUGUCGGCAUGAAAGUGCGAUUGAGAAACCGCCCAAACGCACUGAAAUCGUCGAUGGCACCCAGCCCAAGCAGGACAAACAACAGCAAACAAAGCCAAACUCUAUUGCGUACGUUAUUACGUUUCAAGGUGACCAUCCUAAACGAAAGUCUUCCGAAAAAGAACGAGUGUACCGGUCAAACUCAAUCGACAUUAGUUCAUCGGAUGGUUCUAAUGAAAACCUUCCAAGUAAAGCUUUCGAAACUGGAGAUGAGGAGCAGUCCUUUCUACUUCCGCUAAAAGAACAGUUUGAACGAAAUCGCCCGGGAACGCUCACCAGAUUGAAGGAACGUCAAAAAUGUGUUAACGAGUUAAACAAGCUACGCUCUGAGCGAAACAAACAGCGAAAAAAGCUGUUGCUGCUGACUUCGGAUGACUCACUCAAGAGAUCCGGUGUGAAGCAACGUCUGCCACCGCCGCCGCUUGCUCAAAGGCGUAUUUUCUCUUCGAAAGCAAUACGGGAAAAUACUCGCCGCCAAGUGAAAAAAUUACCGGAAGUCCUUCGUAAGAAGGAGAUCGAAAAAGAGAACAACCUCAAGCGAAAGAAUCUUAUUUUGAGAGAUAAAUUCAAUCGGAACCUUCAGCGCAAAGUUCUACAUGGCCAAAUUGAUCUUUCCAACAGUGUUCGAGUUAUUCAAGACUAAAAAACUGUCAUUAGGAUGGAAAAGCUGUCAUUUAGCUCAAGCAGGAAGUGCCUUUUAGAAGGAAAUGUAUAUUAUGCAUUGUUAUGGUUAGUUAUUACGAUCUGUUCUAAUGUACAAUCUCUAUUUUUAUUAUUACAGCUAAAUACAUUUUUUGAAAACGAG